AUGGAAGCUGCACGGGAGCGCGUCCCUGUUGUCAUUUUGGACACCGGUUCGCACUCGCUGCGUGCGGGAUACGCGGAUGAGCGAGGACCCCGUCUUGACAUCCCUGCCCUCGUCGGCCACCCUCGCAAUCGGGGCGUGGCGAUGGCUGCCGGGAUGAAUGAGUACGAGAUUGGAGAGGAAGCCCUCGUGAAGCGUGGCAUGCUCACGGUUGGCAGUCCUAUUGAAAAUGGCCUUGUUGUGAAUUGGGAGCAUAUGGAAAAGUUGUGGAGUCAUGUGAUGUUCUCAGAAAUGCGGGUGACACCGGAGAGUCACUGUUUUGUUGUACCGCAGCCAGUGAACACCCCGGCAGGACAAAAGGAAAAGACGUUGGAACUCAUGAUGGAGACGUUUCAUGUACACUCGCUCUUUUUAGGAACUUCGCAGGUGCUAAGCCUGUAUGGGUAUGGCCUGACAACGGGGUUGGUGCUUGAUAGUGGCAAGGAUCGCACCAUGGCGGUUCCUGUGCAUGAGGGUUACGCGCUUGGACGUCACGUGACCGAGAGUGAGAUUGCAGGUGAAUCCUUGACAAACUACCUCGCCUCCCUCUUGCGGCAGGAAGGGUACAGCUUUGGCACACCUGUUGAAAUGCAGAUCCUAAAUAAAGCCAAGGAAGAGCUGUGCUACGUGCAGCCCAGUGAAAUUGGGCCCAACUCUCCCCUUCAGACCACCGCAAAUGCAGGAGGGACACUGCCGAUGGAUUACAACUUUGCCAUGAAUGGCCAUCUGACACCCACGACACAGAUGGUGGCGACGGAGGAAGUUUUUUACCUUCCAGACGGUCACGCCAUUCCACUAUCGGAGCAUCGCCACCGUGCGACUGAGGCCCUUUUUGAUUUUGCUAUUCUCGGCGAGCAAUUUAUUCCAAAGUCACGUUACAUGACGGAAUUGGGAGAGGUAUUUCAACCCUCUUUUCCCAUGGGUAUUAGUUGGCUACCAUUCGCCGCAAUCAACAACUGUCAGGCGACGAUGCGACCAUCACUCUUUGCAAACAUAAUCCUCGCGGGCGGGAGUGUCUCCUUCCCCGGGACCAGGGCACGGAUUGAGGCGGAAGUGACUCAACUUUACAGAGAAACACACACUAGCGAGGCGGUGACACCAAUCCGCGUGCAUGAUGUGGAGUGUCGUAUAUACAGUGCCUGGCUUGGCGGCUCCAUGCUGGCGCGAACGUCCAUGUUUCCACAUUUAACCGUCUCGCGACAGGAGUACGAGGAACAGGGCUACCGCGUGGUGCAUUGCAAAUGCCAAUAG